CUUCAAAGCAAACAUAAAAUUCUAGAGUCGAGUCAUGGCUAAGAAUCAGGCUCGGUUUAUAUUUUCUCAUGUUUUGUUUUUGGCUGUCAUACUUUAUGUUGAUGGUAAGAGAGACGGUCACAGCAAUGGUCAUAAAAAUGGUCAUAACAAUGGCCCUACGACGAGAAAAGGAAGAUGGGAGAGUAAGCUGAAGAUGAAUUUCUAUCACAAGACUUGUCCUGAAGCUGAGGAUAUCGUGAACGAGAUUGUAUCUAAGAAAGUCAAAGCAAACCCUAGCUUGGCUGCCAAGUUAUUGAGGGUUCAUUACCAUGACUGCUUUGUUAGGGGGUGUGAUGCGUCACUGCUUUUAGAUUCGGUUGCUGGAAAAGACGCGUCAGAGAAGGAAGCGAGACCUAACCUCUCGCUUAUAGGGUUUGACAUCAUCGAUGAGAUCAAGUCCGUUCUCGAGAAACGAUGCCCCAAAGUCGUCUCCUGCGCUGACAUUCUCACCCUAGCUGCCCGUGAUGCCGUCUCGUACCAAUAUGGAAGGCCGCUAUGGAAUGUGUUUACGGGACGUGUUGAUGGAAGAGUAUCAUUGGCGACGGAGGCCACCAGAGACUUACCGUCCGCAGGGGCUAACUUCACCGUUCUACAGAAACUCUUUGCCGAGAGCGACUUGAACGUCGUUGACCUCGUGGCUUUAUCAGGAGCACACACAAUAGGAACAGCACGUUGCGGUGUGUUUGGUCGGAGACUGUUGAACUUCACCGGAAAAGGGGACUCAGAUCCUUCUCUCAACCCAAGCUACGCCACUUUACUCAAGUCCAAGUGCACAGACAAAUCUCAAAGACUCAACUCAUCCGCAGUGGUCGGAAUGGACCCCACAGGAGCACUCUCCUUCGAUAGUGGCUACUUUAUCUCUCUCCUCCAACACAAAGGACUCUUUACCUCUGACGCUACCUUGUUGACUGAUCCCUCCGCAGCUCACAUUGCUAGUGUUUUCCAAAACUCUGGAAGCUUUCUUGCGCAGUUUGGUCGGUCUAUGAUCAAGAUGAGCUCUAUAAAGGUCCUUACACUUGGUGAUGAAGGUGGUGAGAUUCGUAGAAACUGUCGCGUUAUCAACUAAUACACAUUCUACCCAAACAAUCACCUUCUAAUUACACCAUGUAAUCAUCUGCUGAGAUUUGUUUUAUUAACGUCUUACUAUUAUUACCAAAAGUAAACUUCUUGUUGUGGUCUUAUGAGUUUAUGAUACAUGAUUGAUGUUUGUUAUAUUAUAACCUUUGACAUAAUGUUUCAUGGAACCAUCUUAUAAAGACUUGUGCCUGA